AGCGGCAGUGAGUUCCGGGAAGAGAGACAGAGAGAGAGAGAGAGCCCAGGAGCAUCCCUGAGAGAUCUGGCCCUUCUUCAGAAGCUAACCCUGCGCUGCCAACCCCCAUCCAGGGGCUCAGCAGCCCAGCCCUGCCUGGCCUGCCUCUCACCUCCUCCAGGGGAGCUGCUGCUGUGGCCAACGUCGCUGGGGGUGGGGAGGGCAUCCCCUCUUCCCUCCCAUCAUGGCCGUGUACCGCGUGUGUGUGACCACUGGUCCCUACCUGAUGGCCGGCACAUUGGACAACAUCUUGGUCACACUGGUGGGCACGUGUGGUGAAAGCCCGAAGCAGCUGCUGGAUCGAGUGGGCAGGGACUUCGCCACUGGAUCGGUGCAGAAGUACAAGGUACGCUGCUCAGCGGAGUUGGGUGAGCUCCUGCUGCUGCGUCUACACAAGGAGCGCUAUGCUUUCUUCCCCAAGGACUCCUGGUACUGCAGUCGCAUCUGUGUCACUGCCCCUGAUGGUACCCUUUCCCACUUCCCCUGCUAUCAGUGGAUUGAGGGCUUCUGCACCAUAGAGCUGCGACCUGGAACAGCAAGAACUAUUUGUCAGGACUCCCUUCCCCUCCUUCUGGAUCAUAGGAAUCGGGAACUCCAGGCCCGACAGGAAUGCUACCGCUGGAAAGUCUAUGCCCCUGGCCUUCCUGGCAUUGUGGAUGUCAGCAGCUUUGAGGAGAUGGAGUCAGACAAGAAAUUUGCCUUGACCAAGAGGACACCUUGUGCAGACCAGGGAGACAGUGGUGGGAACCAGUACCUGCCUGGCUUCCCCAUGAAAAUUGACAUCCCAUCCCUGCUGCACAUGGAACCCAAUAUUCGCUACUCAGCCACAAAGACGACCUCGCUGCUCUUCAAUGCCAUCCCUGCGUCCUUGGGCAUGAAGCUUCGAGGGCUGCUAGACCGCAAAGGCUCUUGGAAGAAGCUGGAUGACAUCCGUAACAUCUUCUGGUGCCACAAGACCUUCACCUCAGAGUAUGUCACAGAGCACUGGUAUGAGGACUGCUUCUUUGGGUACCAGUACCUGAAUGGUGUCAAUCCUGUCAUGCUCCAUUGCCUCUCCAGCUUGCCCAGCAAACUGCCUGUCACCAAUAACAUGGUGGCCCCUUUACUGGGACCAGGAACCUGCCUGCAGACAGAGCUAGAGAGGGGGAACAUCUUCAUGGCGGACUACUGGAUCCUGGCGGAGGCCCCGGUCCACUGCCUCAACGGCCGCCAGCAGUACGUGGCCGCCCCGCUCUGCCUGUUGUGGCUCAAUCCCCAGGGGGCGCUGGUGCCCUUGGCCAUCCAGCUCAGCCAGACCCCAGGGCAAGAUAACCCCAUCUUUCUGCCCACUGACUCUGACUGGGACUGGCUGCUGGCCAAGACGUGGGUGCGCAACUCUGAGUUCCUGGUGCACGAGAACAACACGCACUUUUUGUGCACGCAUUUACUGUGCGAGGCCUUCGCCAUGGCCACGCUGCGUCAGUUGCCUCUCUGCCAUCCUAUCUAUAAGCUCCUGCUUCCCCACACUCGAUACACGCUGCAGGUGAACACCAUCGCGCGGGCCACGCUGCUCAACCCUGAAGGCCUAGUGGACAAGGUCACGUCCAUCGGGAGGCAAGGCCUUCUCUACCUCAUAAGCACGGGUCUGGCCCACUUCACCUACACCAAUUUCUGCCUUCCGGACAGCCUGCGGGCCCGCGGCGUCCUGGCCAUCCCCAACUACUAUUACCGAGACGACGGCCUGAAGAUCUGGGCGGCCAUUGAGAGCUUUGUCUCAGAAAUCGUGGGCUACUAUUAUCCCAGCGAUGCGUAUGUGCAACAGGACAUGGAGCUGCAGGCCUGGGUUGGCGAGAUUUUUGCUCAGGCGUUCCUGGGCCGGGAAAGCUCAGGCUUCCCACGCCGGCUGUGCACCCCAGGAGAGCUGGUGAAGUUCCUCACUGCAGUCAUCUUCAACUGCUCGGCACAGCAUGCCGCUGUCAACAGUGGGCAGCACGACUUUGGGUCCUGGAUGCCCAAUGCCCCAUCAUCCAUGAGGCAGCCGCCACCCCAGACCAAGGGGACCACCACCUUGAAGAGUUACCUGGAUACUCUCCCAGAAGUGAAUACCACCUGUAACAACCUUCUCCUCUUUUGGUUGGUCAGCCAAGAGCCUAAGGAUCAGAGGUUGGAGGAUGGAACUGAAAAACCCAAGGUUGAUUCUCCUGGCAAUUAG